CUGGGAUUCAGUUCCGUCUCAGUUCAAUCAGGUACAUCCCACGUACUACCCAAGUCUAGGCAUUUCGAGCCUCUCUGAGGAUUACAUUCCGAAGCUUGAUCGAGAAACUGUGACUUGGAAUGGUAUCUGACUCGUCAAAGGUAUCUCCCAGUCAGGCACAUCCGCGAUUAGCAUUCGUGAAUAACUGGAAACGGAUUGCUCUCAUCCGGUGGCCACCCCACCCACAUAAAACAGACCGCCAACUCCCGCGCCACAACUUCUACCCACUCACCGAAUCACCACGUGUAGGCUGUUAUUUGAGGGCGCUGGAUGUGUGGGUCCGCUGUCCCGAAGGGGACACACCUUGUGUUAGGUGGUAUACCUUGCCCGGGAGAUGGUGC